UGGGUGGUGGCGGCAGCAGAGGCAUAUUUGUUUGCAUUCGUCGCUGCAGCCUGCUCGCUCGAUCGCUGUGAUCGUCCAUUUUUCGACGCCGAAGUUUUUCAGCUUGUAAUAUUGGGAGAGCGACGCCAUGCUGGCAGCACAGGCCUCAUCGCUGCUGCCGGGCACAUCGCGAUGAUGGAGGGGCUAAAUCCAGCUCAUGUCAUGCUUAUGCAAACCGACUAUGGCCGGAUAUUGAAUCUUAAGGAAAUUGGACGCGAGUUUACAAAGCUUGCAGCAAUCGCGGAUGAGUUUGACAUGCCGGAACUCGGCAAAGUGUACCUGGAUUACGCGCAGGGCUGCCGGGCGGACACCGAAGCCAAACGCCGUACCUUCUACGAUGGUUUCAUGUUUUCCAUUAAACGAAUGCCGACCCAGGGCCUGCCGCCUCCGUCGGAGGGCCAGCUGAUCAGCGCUCUUUUCGACAGGCUUCACGGAGCGAAAUGCAUAUUCCAAGCGCUCCAGGGGUCCGGCGUGCACGCAAAGCACCUCUCCAGCACCGCGAAACACGCGGCAAUAGCGAUAGAAGUUUUGACGCCGCGCCUGGGUUUCGACAACGCCGCGAUCAUGAAUGACAUCUCGGAGGCCGCCGCCUUAAACAUCGCGCAACGCAAGCAGCAGGAGGCGUCCGCCGCAUUUGCCGCCACGGCCAUCGAGCAGUUGCGGUACGCCGAGGCGCCCCCGGCCUGGGUGACGAACGCCGUGAGCACGGCGCGCACGGCAGAUAAGGCCUCAAAGCUGGCCGAGGUAUUUAUGGAGGAGGACAAGCCCUGGGCGGCAGAGACCCUGCUGCGCUGCGCCGUCGACCUCGCGCGGCGGGCCCACUUCGAGGCAGGCGAGCUUGCGAAUGCGCUCUCCAGGCUCUCGCGCUGCCGCGCGCUACUCGGUCGGUACGCGCGCAGCCUCGGACCCGGUUAUAACGGGCCGGCGCGCGCCGUUCUCGAGACAGCCGUCGCGGACGCGCGGGCAGCCAUCGACGCGGCCGACGUCGGCAGGGGCGUACAAAUCACCGGACUCGUAUCACGGGCGGACUUGAACGGCGCGCGUGGCACCGUUCUGGCCUACGUUAAAGCAAAGGAGCGAUUCGCCGUGGCACUAGCGCCGCCUCACUCGACCAGGAUAUCCGCGAAAGCUUCGAACCUGAAAUUUGACCAAGAGCCCCAGGCGGACGUGCGCACCGCGCGCGUCCGGCUGGCCGACGCGCUCUUGGCGCUAGACCCGAGCGGCGGCGCGAUGGAGGCGACGAAGAUCCUGACGCCGCUCGCGCGCGACAGCGCUGGCGACGGCAUCAUCGUGGACGGGCGCUCGAUCGCGGACCGCCUCGAGGAGUCCCGAUGGGCGAGCCGCUCGUGGCUGCUCGUGUCGCACGUCGAUGAGUCAGACUGGCUCGCGAGCGACGACAAGAGGGGGAUAGGACCUCGCAUCGAGGCUGCGCUCGAUCGCUUGCGGAUGGACGUCGUCGCGCACCUGGGCGAGAGGUCCCCGAAGCGGUUGGCGCGGUUCGGCACCGACGUCGUUUCUGCCGUUGCCGCCGUUUGCCACGUCGUGCGGCGCGGCUACCGCGACGCGAGGGCCCAGGUGGCGGUGGGCAUGGUCGAGGAGGAGCUCCGCAAGAUCGCGCGGUGCCUGCCGCUUCGCGCCGUCGCGGCGUCGGACGACCUCCGGAGCCUCGUCUUCCUCGAAUCCCCGCGCUGGGACGUCUUCGGCCUCGACCGCCGCGACCGCGCCUGCCGGGCGCGGCUCACCGGGAGCGCAGCCGACGAUUGCGACGCCGACGAAGACCCGUGCCGCGAAGAGGAGGACGCCGAGGACGUGUUCGUGAGGGAGCACCUGGCGCGCCGCUCGGGCGGCGCCUCGAUGAGCGCGAAGGGGGUGACUCGAGCCUUUUCCGUUAUUCGGGGCGCCGAGCCCGACGACGCGAGUGCGCAACGCGACGAGGCGCCCCGGUGUUAUGGUUGCUUUGCCGUCACGGUCCUGAUGCGCCUUGCGCUGGGCGUUGGCCCGGCCAGCCGCAAGCUCCGGGACACGGCGACGGCGCGACUCGUCGGUCUCGCGUCCGCCGACCGGCACGAGCUCGGCCUCUACGCGGGCGGGCGCUAUCUCGAGUACGCGUUGGGUCGGAUGGCCGGCACCGGUCGCUACGGCUGGGGCGACGAAGAUGCGGGGCGGCGGGAGAAGUUUGGCACGGAUUUCGCAACGAAACCCGGCGCGGUCGUGGCCUGCGCCGUGAUUGUCGCGGUGUCGAGCGACCACCACCACCUCUUCCAGCGACUGUUCCGCGAGCAUCUCCACACGCCCGAGUUCUGGGUCGACCGGGCCGAGGGCGACGUCUGCGGUUUCUUGAGGACAUACGCGCUCGCCGCGCUUGACGGGAACAGCCCGCUCUCGGACGAGAACGGCGGCGACAUCGACCUCGACGAGGAGGCGCUCGUGGUUUCGUGCGACGCCAUCUUCGCCGCCGCGCGGCUCUACAAGGGCGCGGCGGGCGCCGCGGCGCCCUGGGCGGCCGCGGUCCGAGACCUCCUCGCCGCGUCCGCGUCCGGCCGCUUCCUCCUGGACCGCUGCGCGCGCAAGGACGCGGCAACCGCGGAGGCCCGUCGCGGCGUCAUGCGGAGCAGCGUCGCGCGGUGGCUGCACAAGCUCACGUCCGCGGAGAAGGCCGGCUUCCGCUGGGACACUUUCGACGCGGCCACGCGCCGCAGGCUCGAGGCGCGGGGCGUCACUCCUCCGACGUCCCAGGCCGACGCCCUCGACGGCGAAGGCGGCGGUCGCAGCGCGGUCGCUACCACGCGGGCGUGCGCGCACUGCGGCGUGGUGGAAACGCCCGCGCAAAAGCUUUUCUUCUGUCGGGGCUGCCGAUGCGUCGCGUACUGCUCGCGCGAUCACCAAAAGGCCGACUGGCAGGCGCACAAGGCGCGGUGCAAGGACCUCCGCGUCGCCCGCGAGAAGCAGAGAGUGGCCCACAAGCCGAUGCGCGACGGGGGUCGCGGCAUCCACGGCAUGCUGAGCAAGUCAUUGUACCACCAGAAGGCGCUCCAGGAGGCGUACGGGGGCCUCAAGGAGGGCGAGGCGGAGUUUAUGGCGUGCAUCGGAGACAUGGAGCAAACGGCAGAAGAUAGUGUUUCUGGCUUGCAGAGCGACGACGUCAUAACACAAACGGGGAGCCUGAAGGCUAUGGCGCGGCUGAAGUCGAAGCUCACCCAGGAAUGGUUGGAUACGCCGAGUAACGUGUAGUUUUG